CGCGUAAUGCCUCCCCUGACCAAUGGACGACGUCCUAACAGAUAUUGGAUACGCAACGGGUUGGUAAACGAACUCCUGAGCAUCCUCCGCUGCUGUCAUCAAUUUGGGAUACGAUGGGACGCAGGAAGUCCAAGAGAAAGCCACCACCCAAAAAGAAGAUGACGGGCAACCUGGACACCCAGUUCACAUGUCCGUUCUGUAACCACGAGAAGUCCUGCGACGUCAAGAUGGAGAGAACUCGGAACACGGGAAUCAUAUCGUGCAGCGUGUGCUUGGAGGAGUUUCAGACUCCUAUAACAUAUCUUUCUGAACCCGUGGAUGUUUACAGCGACUGGAUUGACGCCUGCGAAGCAGCCAAUCAGUAGCCAGUCGUCCACACAACUCACGCCUCCUUCAGAGACUCACUCUGGGUUCGCCUCACGUAGCCAAACGUUUAGUUGUUUUUUUUCUCUGAAGCGUGUCAAAUUCUUAUUAGGUCCACUUCUGCUGACUGAGUCACAUUCCUCUGGUCGGGACAGAGCGACUUCCCAGUCGCAUGUAAAUAUAAACAUUUCACGUUUGUAUGUAGCCUCCAUUUGCUUUGGGUAAAUGUUUCAUUUUUCCUGUUAAUGGACCAAACUGUCUUGGACAUUUCCCACUUAAAAUAUUUUUUCCCCCCCUUUUAAAUAAUCUGCCAUUUACUUUAUUUUGAUGUUCUAAAGUUUGUGUUUAGUUUUGUUUCUGUAGGACCUGUAUCAGUGAUGCACUGAAAAAAAAAAAAAAAAAAAAAAACUUGCCAACUUUUUUAUCCCAGUGGUUUCACAAUUGUCUGUUUUCACUCCACUGUGAUGCAUUCCACACCUUCAGGUGCCGACGGUGAUUAAAACAAUGAAAUCACAGUCGCCAUUUUCAAGUGUUUUUAUUGCACAAAAGUUUGUUUUUCUUUUAGUGAAAGGCACACAGCGAUCCUGGCCUCGAUCCUGGAACAGAAAUUUACGGUGAAACUGUUUAUUUACAACAAAACCCACAUCAGUGCUGUUGUGGCGACCGGAUGAAAACAUUCAGUUUAAUGCACAAUCCAAAAAAAUAAACUCUCUAAAUUGGAAUUCAGUAAAUACAAAACAAUUUUAAAAGUGGUGGAUUGAUAAGUCAUGCAAGCGACACUAGAUGGCGUACUUCCAUUAGUCAUACAGCCAAUUAAUCUGAACUGCAAAUGUCCUUAGUUACAGCUGAUUGGAUAAUAUAUCACAAUGAUGAGUGGCAUCUGCAACCCUACAAUAAAGUGAUAAUGAUAAAUAUUUCUUUAGGCCCGAUUUUAGCAAGCAGCUUGGCCCAAUUUAUUUUCCUAUUGGUUGCUGAUAUUCAGCCAAUCAGAUUUGAGAAUGGUGGUGCGUUGUUCCCACUACCCGCUCUUCCUGCUUGGCCCCAUGUGUUGCAGUUGGAUGUGGGGAUGGGGGGAGUUUACUCACCGAUGUACUUAAUUUUGGGUACUCGGCAGAUGCAUUUGGGUCUUAUUUACAUCUGCAAAGGUCUAAGAAUCAGCCUCUUUCCCCAUUUCUCUGCAGUGAGAGCCGACAGAAAUCUGCCCUCUAUGUCACAUGAGCUCAACAGUAGUCACCCUACUGUUGCCAACUUAGUCGCUACAUUUAGAGGGAAAAAAAAAAAAUUGUCAGGCUCCUUAACAGUCGAUGAUCGGCCAAAAUAUUGCAAUCGUUGCGCCCUUAGUUAUAAACUUGUGGAGUCCCAGUUAUUUGCAGGUUUUACCAAAUUGCUAAUGGUUGCGGUUCUUUAACUGCGUUUACCCGAGGCGCCACUGUAGUGAUACAAUUAUUCAGAAAUUACAAAUUUAGUAACUCGUGACAUUCCACCACCAUUUUCUGCACAAAACCUCAAGUGCAAGUGAAGAAACACCACCAACGCCUAAAUUAACUACAAAAGAAAACUGCUGACAAAAGAACAAAGGGUGACUUAAGUGGACUUGCGUGCAAUACAAGAAACUACUGAUAAAAUAUGUUCUCCACACUUCUAACUACACAACAUUACAUACGCGUGUUCCUCUGAAAGCAGUGAACAGUUGUGACUGAAAAGCAUUCCGAAUGCUUCCUCGGAACCCCGAAUGCCGCCAACGAGCCGCACAGGUCAGCGCCGUUUAAUGGCCAAUGUUGCUGGAUUGGCGUCUGUUUUACGGAUCAAUCCGUGGCUCCGACGUUUCCUUCCCAAACUUUCCUUCCAGCCUGCAGAGCUUUUAAUGUGGCUGGGUCAAAGUUCAAUAGCACCAACUUCAUGAUUCUACUCCCAUCAAUGUUCAAACAUGUUUGGAAAGGCAACAACGAGAAGUUAAGGGUAUCAACAGUUAAAAUCUGUGAAUUAAAAAAAAAAAAAAAAAAAAAA